UCGAAGAAGGCCUUUGAUAUUUCUAGCAUUGGAUUAUCAAUUGCAGGUCAAUAUUUCCCUGGCAGCUGCUCUUGCACGCCUUCACAAUAACAGGGAAGAGAGAGAGAAAUUUGAGGAAGCAAGCAAUCAAAUUGUUUUACAUUUGAAAGCCAAGGAAGAUGAGCUUUCUAGAUCAGUAGCUUCGUGUAAGGUAGAAGCAGAUGUUGUCCACACAUGGAUCAAUUUCUUGGAAGAUACCUGGAUUCUCCAGUCCUCAUAUAUGGAUCAAAAGGAAAAGCAGAACAAUGAUGAGUUGGAGAAACAUAACAAUUAUUUUAUGAACGUGGUUAUUCAUCACCUUUCAGCAUAUAAGGAAGAGUUGGGGCGUUAUGUCAUUCAAAUCAGGAAAUUGGUGGAUAACUUAAAGAACUUCGACAAAAGGUCAGCGAUGAUGUCCAAUCUAGGUACUGAAAAUUCGGACCAACUGAAAAAUCUUGAAGUCGAGUAUCUUGAAUAUGAAGCAAAGAUAAUAACCACCUUCAGUGUAGUGGACCACAUGAAAGAGCAGUUCUAUUCUCACGAUGGAAAUAUUUCCAGGCAUGAUGAACCCAAGGUCAAGGAACUGUUUGAUGCGAUCGAACAAAUUAAGGUGGAUUUCGAAUCAAUCGAAAGACCGACAUUAGAAAUUGAGACACCAUCUGAGGAAGGGUCACAGAAGAGUCAAUCCCACACCAUACAGUCAUCUGAGAGUUCACCACAGGAAGGGGAAGAGUCUUCAAACUCGGCCGUGGUCACAAAACCAUCAAAAGAGGGAGAGUCUCCAAAAUCGGCCACGGUCAUGGUCACAAUACCAUCAAAAGAGGGAGAGUCUCCAAACUUGGCCCCAGUCACAACCAAUCAAACCCUGGAUGCCGAAGCAGAACUCGCAAAGCUGGAGUCAGAAUUUGGUAAGGUUAGCCGAGACUACUCGGCAGAUGAGAUUGGAGGCUGGGAGUUUGAUGAACUAGAACAGGAACUGAAAUCCGGUGACUCUGUAUCAGCUAAAUAGACCGAAUUCGCAGUUUACAACUUAAAAAUGCUUCUGUACAUACCCCAAAAAUACAAACUCAAAGCUGUGUGUAACUGUUUGUGGAUGGGAAUUCCAUUAAACAUAUAUCAUUUAAUGGAGAGUUGUCUGUAAUAUGGAAAACCGAACAGUGGAAAUCUGUCUCCUGUGUGUAAAUCUCAUGAACUUAAAUCCCAUGAACUUACAAUGUAAUUUAUAUAGAUAAUUCAGUAACAAUGCUCCAGUUUCCAAAUUUCAGAUGUUUGUGCUCCUGUACAUUGAUUCUUUUUCUUCUUCUUGAAAAUUCUGUAGAUUGAUUCUCUGAAAUGGAGAAUUAGGAACCAUUUGGAUGCACAAGUCAAUCGAAUUACGAACGAAAUGAUGCAUUUGAUGAUGUUUCAUCAUAGCCCUCAAAUUGUUUUACAUUCCUUUGUAAUCCUACUUUAAUGUAAUGCAAUUCCAAUUCAAAGA